CGCGGGUUCGUUAAAACUCGAUCUUUUGGAAUUUAAAAUAGAUGGCCGGGGUAAACAGGUACGACAGCUUAUAGUCGAAUAAAAUGCAAACCAGCAUACAUGUCGUGUCCUUGGCUCUGGUGCUACUGUCUGUGAACCCAACAUCCGCGGACUUCUACACUGAGAGAGCGAAAGUGACACGGGCAUGUAGUUACACCAUAGACAGGUGCCUGCAGGAAUUUAGAUUGAGCAAUCCCAGAACUAACACGCUGUGGUGCCUGCGACUGGGUUACCACACCGCGUUUGUGCAGUGUUUAGUAGCUAACGGGUACUGUACGGAAGAGGAGAAGACUGCGCUGAAAAACGGCGCAUGCGCAAGGUCUUCCAAGCCACAGCAGACGUCAAGCGCGAUAAAAAUUUCAGUGUACGGCGACGUCUCCAUGACAACCGACCAAUGCCAGAGACAGAUCGUGACCUGCACUUUUGAGACGAGUAUCGGCACCGUGCUGAAACAGCAAGAACAGUUCUGCGAUCUUAUGAACGUGCGCAUCCGUGGUUCAACUCUCUCCGCCUGUUUAGCCCAAGGCUGCACGGAAGCGGAAGUCACCAAACUAAACUCGACCGCCUGCUCGAUAUCGCAAUCCGACCGGUUCUCACACGCCCUCGUGGCCACGUCAGAGCUCUGCAAAAAUGGCACCGAGACCUUCUUCGAGUCCACCGAAUAUUCGAGUGUCAGGGUCAUUGACUUGAUCCGGGGUCAAAGAUACUGUGAGGUCAUGAACUACAGGGACCAAAUGACAACAAGCGAGUGUUUGAAAUUUCUAGGCUGCACUGAUGAGGAGAUCAGCGAGCUCAACACUGCGGCGUGCGACAGCUCUUAAGUUUUUUGUUCAAUUGUUACAUUUAUUUGUUAUUCUAUUUGAAUGCCUGGGCAAUUGACUUGAUUCGUGCUAAGAGGUACUGUGAGGUAAUGAUCUGCUUGUAUCAAACGACAGCUAGCCAAUGCUUGAAGCUACGAGGUUGAACGGAUGAGGAAAUCAACGAGCUCAAAAUGCGGCAUUUAUUAAUUUCUCGGUUCAAUCAUUAUUUUUAUUUUUUUUUAUUUUGUUCUAAAUAUAUCUAACUUUCGGUUAACUUCCUAUUUUUUUUUUACAUUAUUUGUAAUAUAUUUUAAAAAUAUUUAAAAACUAUAUUAGUGUAACCAACUUCAUUAUCUACUAUACAAAAACGAAAAUGCACGCAAUCCAAUGCUCUAUUUUGCUUUAUUUAUUUAUCUUUCAGUAUAUUAUAUAUUUUUUAGUUUUUACAUAAAUCUAUUUAAACUUCAGUUAACUUCCUGUUUCUUUUUACAUAGUUUGGUAUCUAUUUUUAAAUUUUAAAAACCAUAUUAAUAUAACCAACUUAGUUAUCUACUAAAAUGAACAUGCUUUAUUUGUCUUUUAGUAUAUUAUAUUUAUAUUUUUAAUUUGUAUCUACUCCAAUGUCACUCAGAUAGUAUAGUCUCCUUUAUCAGGUAAGCUUUUUAUAUUCUGCGGGCAGAAAGGCAUUGAUUCUUCCGACAUUUUGUCGUUGUUGUUGUUUUUUAAUUUCCAUGUGACAGAAAUAAUAUAUUUCAAGUAUAAGAAAAUAUUCGAAGCAGAAUAAAAUGAAAUAAAUGUGU